CAUCCACCUUCCCUUCCAGUGUGUGUCACGUUCCUGGGAAGGUUCUACCAGAGUUUAAAGGACAAUGACAUCGAAUUCACACCUUCCAGUAUUGAAAAGGAGCUCUUGAAAUCCUGCAAAGAAGCAAAAGGCAAAGAGAACCGCCUGUGCUAUUACAUUGGGGCUACAAGUGAUGCAGCCACCAAAAUCAUUAAUGAGGUGUCAAAGCCCAUGAGUCAUCACAUCCCCGUGGAAAAGAUCUGUGAGAAGCUAAAGAAGAAAGACAGUCAGAUCUGUGAACUAAAAUAUGACAAGCAGAUCGACCUGAGCACGGCUGACCUGCGCAAGCUGCGCGUCAAGGAGCUGCGGCGGAUCCUGGACGACUGGGGUGAGGUGUGCAAGGGCUGCGCAGAGAAGUCUGACUUCAUCCGCAGGAUCCACGAACUGAUGCCCAAGUACGCGCCGAGGGCAGCCGGCGCCCGGGCGGACCUGUGAGGGGCGACCCCGGGGCUGUGAGGGGCGACCCCGAGGUGACCACGGGGCUCUGAGGCGUCUUGGAGGGGCGAUC